AUGGAGCUUAUCGAGGCUCUUUUCAUCUUCCAAACGAUCGUUGAUAUCACGGCGAUUUGUGUGCACGCGUGGAUUUUCGCUUUAUGUUUCAAAAAGGUCAACGCUUAUCUCUUCCUCAACGGGAUCUUUAAUCGUGUCCGUGUCUAUGCCAUCACCGCUCCCUGGCUGGUUUGGAUGUUCCGUUUAGUGGCCGAUGCCAAAGUGGCCCUCGUCGAAUAUGUGAUCAUUCAUUAUCUUGUCAAGUCCGCAGUCACUGCAGCUUUCGCCAAUGCAAUUGUCAAAUGCUUUGCACAGAAGUAUCGCAAGAAAAUGGCGGGUUUUUGGAAUGAC